AUGGGUGACCAGUGCACUCUGCGCCUCGUCCGAGAGUUGAGACAGGUUGAGCGGAGUGAGCAACUUGCGUUCACUGUUCGUUUUGAAGAAAGCAACAUUCGUGAUAUCCAGGCCCUCAUCAUCGGGCCUCCAGGCACCCCAUACGAACUGGGGUUUUAUGAGUUCUCCAUCAAAAUUCCAUCAGAUUACCCAGCAAAUCCCCCGGCAGUGAAAAUCCGGACCACCAACAAGGGCCGCACUCGCUUUGGUCCUAAUCUGUAUGCCAAUGGGAAGGUUUGCUUGUCAAUCCUGGGAACCUGGCAUGGUUCCCGAGGCGAACAAUGGUCACCUGCACAGGGACUCGAAUCUAUUAUGCUGUCAAUUCAAAGCCUGUUAGCAUCAAACCCGUAUACCCUGGAGCCAGGGUUUGAGGAAAACGACAGGGCAAAUGACACGAAUAAUAUGGAGAUCUACAAAUCCAAGAUCCGCCACGAGAAUCUACGACUAGCAGUCAUCGCACCUCUUGAGCAAGCAUUCCAAGCCCCAUCCCCGGCCCGCCGAACGGCACCACGGGUCGGUCAGGAAUCGAGCGCAGAGGAAGAUAGUGAACUCGAAAUUGAACCCGAACCCGCAUUGCUCAAUCAAAGCAAGUUCUAUGACUUUUGCAAGCGACGAUUCCUGUGGUACCUUGAGUUCUACCAGAACGCCAUUGAGAAAGGUAUCGCGGGCGAGGCAUGGAGACAAGGAACACCAUUUAUUCAAAUGCCCUUUGAAGGCCAUGGUAACGCCAUGACCGGGGAAUGGAACUACCUCGACUUGCAAACCCGUCUGUUGGCUCUUCGAGACCAAUUGAUGGAAGAGACACACCGCUGGCCCAUCCAGGGUCUGGUUCUGGUUAAGGAGGAAGCUGGCAUUGCAGUCAAAUUGAGGGGUCAGCAUGAGCAGAUUGCGGCAGAAAUGAGCGCUUAUCCCCAGGUUAUCGAUUUGUCACUGGUUGAUGACAACCCGUUCGUCUGGAAACUCACCUAUGUUGGUCGCAACGAGUCCAAACUGGAAGGUGGCAUCAUCAAGAUCAAUAUCUACAUCAGUCCUCGACACCCAGAAGAACAACCUCGGGCAUUUGUCGAGUCGCCGCUAUAUCACAUUCGAGUCUCGAAGCUGGGAGUGUUGAUGUACCUUCCUUCACAUGCCGAAGAAAUCGGUCAACACAUCGAGGGUAUCAUCAACACCCUGGAAGAGGACAAUCCCCCAUACAAUCCCCUCAUGACAGUCAACCCAGAGGCGAGUGCUUUGUGCUGGGGUUCGGAACUAGAUCGUAGGCUCUACAGGCGCAAGCUCCGGACAUCUCUGGAGGAGUCCUGA